ACUAACGAUCAAAGAUCAAAAGUUUAAAGCAAAACUGCAAAAACAAAAGAAGGUUUUUCGACCAAAAAAAAAAACUGCAAGAAGUUACAAAAAAAAAAAAAAAUCUGAUAGCUGAAAUGAAUUCUAGGUAUUCCUGGGUUUGAUCAUUCUAUUAUUAAUAAAAUGAUUUUCUUCUUCUUCAAGCUAUUCAACGGCGAAGCGCAGGUAGCAGAGUGGGAGAAAGAGAGAUAGCAAAAUCAUUUACAUACAUACAUACGUGUACUUACAUACUUACUAGAUUUAUCACCACACGUUCAGAUUCGGACCAAAAGUAUACAGAGAUAUGUCUGCGAGUUUUAUGGCGAUCGCGAAGUCGUCGGAGACAGAGUUCGUGAGUUGCGAAUGUUGCGGUAUGACGGAAGAGUACACGGCGGCGUAUAUGGAGAGCGUACGCGUUCUCUACGCCGGGAAACUGAUCUGCGGGCUCUGUUCCGAGGCGGUGAGUUACGAGAUGUUCCGGAGACAGAUCAGGGUCGACGAGGCUGUAGCGAUUCACACGAAGGUUUGCGGCGAGUUUUUGUCUUCUCCGUCUCCGACCGUCGAUUUCAUAUCGGCGAUCGGAGAGAUGUUUAGGAGAAGAUUGGUUCUGGGUUUGCCGAGGGUCGUGACUUCAGCUUUGCCGUCGCCGAGGAGUGUUCCGGUUGUGGACGGUGGAGUGGUUUGUGCUGCAGCGGUGAUUGGUGGAGCUGGGAGUUGCUUGCCUGCUUUGUCCGGUGGCGUGUAGAUUCGAAUAUUCGCGAGGAAUCAAACUGAGAAGGAAGCGUGUGUGUGAAGGAAGAUUAGGAAUAAAAUAUAUUAUUAAAAAUUAGAGAAAAGAUGUUUAAAAGGAAAAAAAAAAACGGGAAAUAAAAAAUGAUGUAAAUAGAAUUGAAAAUUAGGAUAUCGUUUUGUUGUAAUAUAUUGUAACUAUUUAUGUGGCAAUGUCAAGUGUUGAUAUGAGUCCUUAACUAAUGGAAGUUUUGGUGUGUGAUAAUAAGGACUGGUUGUUGGAUUUUUUUUUUUACGA